UUUAGUUAACUUUUAGCAGAGUGCUAACAGACUGUCGGUUAGUAGUAAGUAUUAUUCGAACAAUGACUGAGCUUGAAAACGGUUGUGCAAAUGAAAGCGGCAAGGACGCUACACCUCCACCGCCGCCGCAGUCAGAUCAAUUCGGUUUAGACGCGAUAUUAGUUCGUAUUGGUGAAUUUGGAAAAUUCCAAAUGCGUAAUUAUGCACUCAUCAUUCCGCCAGUGAUAUUUAAUGCCUAUUUAAUGUGUUCGUAUAUAUUUCUAACAAGUUCUGUAGUUCAUAGAUGCCGAAUUCCUGAAUGUGAUGGAUCAACAAAUAUUUACCAACAACCUUGGAUGGAUUUUUCCAUUCCUCAAACUUCCGCAGGAGAUUUGGAUAAAUGCCAUCGUUAUAUUCCUUAUAACCGAACUAAUUCUGAUAAAUGUUUUGCUGAAAAUUUUAACAAAAAUUCCCAAGAAAACUGCGGGACAGACUUUAUAUUUCGUGAUAACGAACUUACCAUAUCAAAUGACUUCAAUAUUUAUUGCUCAGAUGAUUGGAAACUUUCGAUGGUUGGGACGAUAAAUAUUGCUGGACAAUUUAUUGGUUCUCCUUUGGGGGGUUAUUUUUCUGACAGAUAUGGCCGUCGAACAUUGGUUGCAUUUGGAGGGACGAUGAGUGCAAUUUUGGGAUUAGUUCGAUCCUUUUCACCAAAUUACUACAUGUUUCUAACUUUUGGAUUUCUUGAAAAUGUUUGUAGUGCUGUUAUGUAUGCAACACUUUUUAUUAUUGGAGCUGAAUUAUUUGGUCAAAAAGCAAGAGUUCUUAGUAAUUCGAUAUUACCAAUGUUUUAUAGUGUUGGUGAAAUUCUCCUAGCUAUUAUUGCUAAAAGUACACAUAAUUGGCGUUGGAUUUUAAGAAUCGGUUAUGCACCAGCUUUAGCUCAUUUGGCUUUGUUAUGGUUUCUACCGGAGAGUGUUCGUUGGCUUUUAUCGCGUGGUGAAGAAGAAAAAGCUGCUGAUAUUCUUCGACAAGCUGCUAAAACUAAUAAACGAAAAUUGUCAGAUGUUACAAUUCAAAAAUUGAUAUUGGAAAAUCGGUACAAGUUGGAAGAAGUGAAUGCGACAGAGUUUCCUAUUACACAAGCUUUUAAAAUGUUUCCUUGGAGAAUUGUGAAUUGUGCAUUGUGUUGGUUUUCAAAUGUUUUAGUCUAUCACGGGCUUAAUUUGAAUUCACAACUUUUGGGUGGAAAUAAGUACGACAGUUUUAUGUAUUUGGCAUUGGUGGAAAUUCCAGCGUAUAUGAUACUUUAUUUUACAAUAAAUCGAUUAGGAAGACGAUUUUCAUUGUUUGGGUAUCUUUUGAUUUGUGGAAUUUGUUUGGGAGCUACGAUUUUUGUUCCAAAAGAGUCAUAUGCUCUCCAGUUAUCAAUGUUUUUGGUAGGGAAGAUGGCCAUUACGAUAUCAUUUCAAGUUUUGUAUUUUUACACUUCUGAAAUAUUUCCAACAAAUAUUCGUAAUAGAAUGUUAUCAUUGUGUUCAAUGCUUGGGCGAAUUGGUUCAAUGGUUGCACCACAAACUGUACUUUUGGCAAAAUUCAACAAAUCUGCACCAGUGAUACUUUUUUCAUGUUUUGCUUUAUUGUCAGCCUUUACGGCAUUAUUGUUCCCUGAAACGACUGAUGCUGCUUUACCUUCAACAAUGAACGAAGCUAAAGGAAUUGGUGAUAAAAAUAAGGAAGUGAAGCCAAAAAGUUAAAUAUAGAAAUUUGGGGGUAAAAGCUGUCGAAUAUACACAUUAGUUAAUUAUAUCUUAUAAGUAAAACACCGAAACGAUAUUUUAAGAAAUAAAGUUUGUAUUUGGAAUAA